GGCGGCGCGAUGGAGGGCGGCGGCGCGUACGGGGCGGCCAAAGCCGGCGGUGCCUUCGACCUCGUGCGCUUCUUGCGGCAGCCGCAGGUCCUGGCGCGCAUUACGAGCGCGGUGUUUGCCCUGAUCGUGUUCGCCUGCCUGGUCGGGGAAGGCUACAUCAACUCCUCCUCCUCCCCGCACCUCUUCUGCGUCUUCAACCACAACGAGGAUGCCUGUCGUUACGGCAUCGGCAUCGGCGUGCUCGCCUUCCUGGCCUGCAUCUUCUUCUUCACGGUGGACGUUUACUUCCCGCAGAUCAGCAACGCCACCGACCGCAAGUACCUGGUGCUGGCCGACCUCAGCUUCUCGGGGCUCUGGACCUUCCUCUGGUUCGUCGGCUUCUGCUUCCUGACCAACCAGUGGGCCUGGACGCGCGAUGAGGACGUGCGCAUCGUGGCCGACUCGGCGCGUGCUGCCAUCGCCUUCAGCUUCUUCUCCAUCUUCUCGUGGGGCUUCCUGAUUGCCUUCGCCUACAAGCGGUAUAAGAUGGGGGUGGAGGACUUUGCGCGCAGCUACGUCGACCCCACGCCGGAGGUCUCCACGCCGUACACCAGUUACCCCAACAUCAGCCACGACAGCUACCAGCAGCCGCCCUUCACCCAGACCGCGGAUGCCACCGAGGGCUACCAGCCGCCGCCGGUGUACUGAGCCCCGGCCCGCUGGGAUGGCUGUACAAGUGCAAUUUUCUCUCGUGGGGUGGGAAGGGAGGGGCUUAUCACUUGAACGGGGAAGGGGGCAGGAGGGUGAUGGUUGCUUUGUGUGAAAACCACUGGGGUUGGGUGGGUGCUGGGGCAGAGGGCGGGGCCUGGUGCCCAUUCCGGGGCUGUGUGCUCCUUGUUGUGAAGCAGUGAUGGCCAAGCAGGACCUGCUGUGCACAGCCAGCUCCUCCUGGGCGGGGGGGGGGGAUGGUUGGUGUGCAGGAGCGGCUGAGCCCCAGCCCCACUGCUGUGCUUCUGGGGGGGCAGUGGUGAGCACCCCCCGUU